GUCUUCAACUCCUCGUCCGUGUCGUCUUCGUGUUGGUCUUCAGCUCCUCGUCCGUGUCGUCUUCUUGGUGGUCUUCAGCUCCUCGUCCGUGUCGUCUUCAUGUUGGUCUUCAGCUCCUCGUCCGUGUCGUCUUCAUGUUGGUCUUCAGCUCCUCGUCCGUGUCGUCUUCGUGUUGGUCUUCAGCUCCUCGUCCGUGUCGUCUUCUUGGUGAUCUUCAGCUCCUCGUCCGUGUCGUCUUCAUGUUGGUCUUCAGCUCCUCGUCCGUGUCGUCUUCUUGGUGGUCUUCAGCUCCUCGUCCGUGUCGUCUUCGUGUUGGUCUUCAUCUCCUCGUCCGUGUCAUAUUCCUAUUUGCCUUUUACUCCUAUACCAUAUAGUGUUAAUAGUGAUCUUCAGCUCCUCGUCCGUGUCGUCUUCUUGUUGGUCUUCAGCUCCUCGUCCGUGUCGUCUUCUUGGUGGUCUUCAGCUCCUCGUCCGUGUCGUCUUCUUGGUGGUCUUCAGCUCCUCGUCCGUGUCGUCUUCUUGGUGAUCUUCAGCUCCUCGUCCGUGUCGUCUUCAUGUUGGUCUUCAGCUCCUCGUCCGUGUCGUCUUCAUGUUGGUCUUCAGCUCCUCGUCCGUGUCGUCUUCUUGGUGGUCUUCAGCUCCUCGUCCGUGUCGUCUUCUUGGUGGUCUUCAGCUCCUCGUCCGUGUCGUCUUCAUGUUGGUCUUCAGCUCCUCGUCCGUGUCGUCUUCAUCUCCUCGUCCGUGUCGUCUUCAUGUUGGUCUUCAGCUCCUCGUCUGUGUCGUCUUCUUGGUGAUCUUCAGCUCCUCGUCCGUUUUGUCUGCGUAUUAGUCUGCAGUUCCUCGUCCAUGUUGUCUCCGUAUUGGUCUUCAGCUCCUCGUCCGUGUCGUCUUCAUGUUGGUCUUCAGCUCCUCGUCCGUGUCGUCUUCUUGGUGGUCUUCAGCUCCUCGUCCGUGUCGUCUUCUUGGUGGUCUUCAGCUCCUCGUCCGUGUCGUCUUCUUGGUGGUCUUCAGCUCCUCGUCCGUGUCGUCUUCUUGGUGGUCUUCUGCUCCUCGUCCGUGUCGUCUUCAUGGUGGUAUUUUGGUCGUCAUGCGUAUUUAUAAUGGUUUUCUUUAUUGUAAUGAUACUGAUUUGGUUUUGCUUUAUGCAAAGCAUGUUAAGUUAAUUUUAGGCUUUUUUAGAUAGUCGCUUUAAGUUCAUAUUUGUUUUUCUUUCUUCUGCUUGUUGUCAUGAGCCUUGUGUUGGCAAUCUUUAAUUUGCUCCUAGCCUAGCUUAGUUAGCACAGCGUUAGUAUUAUCAUCGUUCACUAUCUUCCGAGUGUUAUCCAUUUCAUUAAAAAUGUUAUGAGUGCGAAGGUAUGAAAGCAGACUUUAUUAUAAUUUAGCUAGAUUUUACUAAUAUAUGUGCGUUUGAUGUCCGAGCUGUUAUUGCGUUUCCUUUCAUUGUAUUAAUUUAUUUUUGUCAUAGUAAUUAUAUCAUCAAUGAUUAGAAGGUGCAGUUAAAGAUCUUCCCAGAAGUAGCUUAAUAUCUGUCGACUUCAAAUAAAUUUCCAUUCUUGUGCAUAUAUCCACAUAGCUGUUUCCGGAAUCUAUUGUUGUUAACACGGUAUACUUUGUAGUUUGCAAUACCCGACGUUGAUCCAUUAAUUACUGCAUCGUUACGAGUUCCAGUUCAAAUAUCAAUUGAUGCCCACAAACUUCAUUCGACUUCCUGAGGAUGUAUUAAAAAUCGCAAAUGAUUAGUUCGCGACUUGGGAAUCGAACCCAAUGUCUAUCUGCAGUCUAUCUACGACUGCUAUUUGGUGUAAUGAUCUUGUGAUAUAUCAUAAAUAUGUAGAAGUCAACAUGCAAAAUGCAUUUUAAGAAAACUUAUCACAUACCAAUAUAUCGAUAUAUCGAUUACUUUCUCAUAGGCAGCGUAUUAUGUAUCGUGUCGUAUCGUAUCGCGUCUCCAUCUUGAUAUCUUUUGAACCCAGAACUGGGUAUUUUGUUAACAAUACUUGUUUCAAAUCUAUUCAAGCUCAACUAAUUUUAAAGCUGAAAAUAAAGCUUAAACACGUUCUUCCACAAGACUGCUUGUCUAUGCCCAUAUUGAAAUUGCAGGUGUACUUAAUAGGCACCUUAUAUUGUGAUCGCAAAGUGAAUUUGUUAUUGAGUUAGUUUGCAGCGAGCUGGCACUACUUUAUACGGUGUAUUUCACAAAACAUUACAUAUACAACUUUCGCAAACAUCAUACUCCAGCGUUUAAAGAGCGACUUGCUAUAAUUUGCAUCUGUUGACAAAACUGGUUAUGCACCUAAUCUAGUGAUAUGCAUGCAAAAUUAAAAACUUUACAGCAAAAAUUAGAAUUUUGAAGUAUAUUCAGUUUUAUAUUCCAAUACCUGUAAAUUCGACUCCAACAACGUGGAAUGUUCUGACGCAAUUCAAAAGCAUCUGUUGACAAAUAUUAUUACGAAGCUAUGCUCCUAGUCUUGAAAAUUUUACCUUCCAUAAGUUAUUCUCAUAUAAUUUUAUCAAAUCAAACUCAAUGGUGAUUAUUUGUGAUUCGUGUUUUCUUUCUUCCUCUGAAUUCUUUGUAUUUCGUUUACGUAAAUAGCUAUUUUAGAUUUUUUUGCGUACCUGUAUUCUUAUAUCUCCUGUCAACAAAACGAUUAAGAGCCUAUCCUAGUUAUGAUAAAAUAACUUCAUACAACAUUACCUUCUAGCCUGGUAGUAUGGCUGGGAUGUCUCACGUGGUAUACAUCUGUUAACAAGUAUUUGUUAUGCACAAACAAGCAGAAAAGCUUGACUAACUUCAACACACUUAUCAAGAAAAUGUAUGUAUGGAUUGAAUCUUACUUGAAUAGGUGCAUGUUAUAAUAAUUGGUCCAACCAGAGACUACCUUUAUAGCGCGAGCUAUGCUCUCGGGUAACCAGUCGUCAUCUGUCAACAACAAAGAUUACGAACCUAUGCUAGCUAUAUCUAGUAAAGCAACAUGAUCCAUUGUUACCUCAGUCUGUGAAACACGACUUGCAUCUAUCGUCGGGAUAUCUGUCAACAAUUCAUGUUAUGCACACCAAGAAGAUUUGACUUAUCAACUAACCAUCCAGAAU